AUGAAAAUGUCUAAAAAAGUGCAACUAUUGUCCCAAGAAAUUACUAGAUUUAUAGACAGACACCAGGAGGAGUCUUUUCUAAUAAAGAAGUUUCCAAAGGAAAUAGACAACUUAAGUGAGUUUGAAGAAACAAUUGAUAGAGACAUUCAGAGGCUUCGGUUUUGUGUGCCAAACCCAAAUAGACCAGGAUCACAUGAAAUAGAUAAAACUAGCACCCCGGUUGUUUAUUUAAAAAGGCUUGCAGCCAAGUUAUAUAGUAUAGAUGAAUACUACCAAGAGAUUCUGGAUUUUUUAAUUCCUAUAAUAUACACAGAAGUAUCUGCAAACAAAGAUAUUGAGUACUCUGUUAUUGAAAAGCACUGUAUGGUUAUUUAUGAAAACUUUCUAUAUAUGUAUUUAAAAGACAACUAUGCGCUAGCACUUAGCUAUGAGCUAAUACUACGAAAAAUGGAUGGGUAUUAUAUAACUAAGCCAAUUGACUUAGAGGAGAUAAAAGGAAUAUUUGUUGAGCUGUCUCAUACAGCACUUUGGUUUUCAAGGAUAUUUGCCUAUGAUGAUUUGGUAUACAUAUAUUCGUACUUACUACAAUCAGAGCUGUAUACACCAUACGUGUUUUUCUUAGCAGCAAUUGAUAUAAUUAGGGAAAGAGAAAAUGCAAAGCCUAUUUUUAAUUUAGGAAACCCCUCUGCAAUAUUAGGAGAAGAUAAAAUGAUGGCUCUAAUUUCUAAAAGCAAAAAAUUAGAUAAAAAAAUAGGACACUUCUUUAAAAAAGGAAUAUCUCCAAGCACAAUUACGAUGUUUUUAGUAUUAGCAGGUAUUGGUGUAGGGGCAGCUAUAGCUGCCGGAGUAUGUAUGUCCAAGAACAGAUCUAGCAAAGAAUAAAACUUAUUUAAACAGCAUAUAUUAACACGUAUAUAAACUAUAUCACACAGUUAUAUGCGUUCUAUAGUAGAAAAAAGGCAGACAUUGGAUUAUUCGCA